AUGGCCUUAGGAUGCAUGUUAGCUCAGCUUGAUGAUUUGGGGAAGGAGCGAGUCAUCUAUUAUUUGAGUAAAAGGAUGCUUGAGUAUGAGUGCAAGUACAUUAUGAUUGAGCGUCUUUGCUUAGCAGUGGUUUGGGCCACUAGGAGACUUAGACAUUACAUGACAGAGUAUUCUGUGCUCUUGGUCUCACGAUUGGACCCGUUGAGGUAUCUAUUUGACAGGCCUGUUCUGACCGGUAGGGUCAUGAGAUGGCUGGUAUUGUUGACAGAGUUUGAUAUUCAUUAUGUCACGCAGAAGUCAGUAAAGGGAAGCAUUGUUGCAGAUCAUCUAGCUUCUUUGCCGAUAUCCGAUGACCGAUCAGUUGAUGAUGAUUUCCCUGAUGAGCAGAUUGUUUCAAUGACUAGUAUUACGGGGUGGUGGUUGUACUUUGAUGGUGCCGCCAAUCAGUCGGGGUUUGGCAUUGGUAUCUUAUUAAUAUCACCACAGGGUGAUCAUAUCCCCAGAUCAGUCCGGUUAGCAUUUUCUGAUCAUCACCGGUUGACGAAUAAUAUUGUAGAGUAUGAGGCUUGCAUUACAGGUUUGGAGACUGCACUUGAUCUUGGCAUUAGACAGUUGGAGAUCCACGAGGAUUCCAACUUGGUUAUAAAGCAGACUCAGGGUAUCUGGAGGACACGGGAUGAGAAGCUGAAACCCUACCAUGCUUACUUGGACCUGUUGAUUGAUAGAUUCGAUGUGUUAAGGUAUAUACAUUUGCCCAGGGCGGAGAAUCAGUUUGCCGAUGCAUUAGCCACCUUGGCUUCUCUGAUUGUGAUCCCUGCGGGGGUGAAUGUUAGGCCAUUGCUGAUUGAGACUAGGUCUGCACCAGCUUACUAUUGUCUGAUUGGAGAGAUAGAGGAUCAGAUUGAACUGCCAUGGUAUCAUGAUAUUUAUCAGUUUCUGUCAUGCGGCGCUUACCCAGAGUCAGCCUCAGCCAAGGAUAGGAGAGCAUUGAGACAGUUGGCCACCAGAUUUGUUGUUUACGGGGAUGCGCUGUAUAGGAGAUCACCUGAUGGCUUGUUAUUAUUAUGUUUAGACCGUGCAUCUGCAGAUCGAGUGAUGAGAGAGGUUCAUGCAGGGAUUGUUGCCAGUUUGUAUAGAGAUGUCAGGAGUAUCUCGCCCAAGUCUUCCAGUGGGCAUGAGUACAUUUUGGUUGCCAUUGACUAUUUCACCAAGUGGGUAGAAGCUGCUUCUUAUGUUAGGUUGACAGCGGCCAGAGUGGCCAAGUUCAUCAGAUCGCAUAUUAUCUGCCGAUACGGGGUCCCUCAUGAGUUGAUCUCAGAUAGAGGGGUGCAUUUCAAGGGCGAGGUGGACGCGUUGAUUCAAGAGUAUGGCAUUCAGCAUCACAGAUCGUCUGCAUACAGGCCACAGACUAAUGGAGCAGUUGAGGCCGCAGUGCUACCUAUUGAGAUUGAGAUGAGAUCUUUGAGAGUAGCACUAGAGCAACAUAUAUCCGAGGCCGAAUGGGCCCAGGCUCGUUAUGAUCAGCUUAGCCUGUUGGAUGAGAAGAUAUUGAGGGCGAUAGAUCAUGUUCAGGCCUAUCAGAGGAAGAUGACCCGUGCAUUCAGAAAGAGGGUUAGGCCUAGGAAAUUCCAGAGAGGUGACCUAGUCUUGAAAGUCCUCAGGGGAUUGAUCAGCGACCCUAGAGGCAAGUUUAGACCGAGUUGGAGCGGGCCUUAUGUCAUCCAAGAUCUGACUCGAGAGGGAGCUGCCUGGUUGACAGACCUAGACGGAAAUCAGUUCACAGAGCCAGUUAAUGUGGAUCAGUUGAAGAAGUUUUAUGCGUGA